AAAAAUCCUCCUAAUCCGAAGGAAAUCUUUGUCCUUAAAGUUAACCCUAAAAUCUAUUACACCCUCUUGAAUCUGAAUCCGAAGCGUAGUUUGCAAGCUAAAACUAGCAGUAGCUUAACGGUUUCAAUCGCGGAUUCGAAUCGGACGGUGGUUUGAAGUCCGAAAUCCGAAUCAUUAAUCGGAGUAGGGUUGUCCGUGAAACGUUUUUCAAGAGGAACAAAACCACAGCACUCUCGCUGUAACACUCUCUGCUACUAAUUUCCGAGAGGAGAAAUCCUCGUCCUCUCACCAAAAACCCUCGUCUUUCGAUUUGCUUUCUUUGAUUGAGUUCGCCCGUCAUGGCAACGCACACUCCGAACCUCGAGUGCAGAAUGUACGAGGCCAAGUAUCCAGAGGUGGAUAUGGCGGUGAUGAUACAGGUGAAGAACAUCGCCGACAUGGGCGCGUACGUGUCCUUGCUCGAGUACAACAACAUUGAGGGGAUGAUCCUGUUCUCGGAGCUCUCCCGCCGGCGGAUUCGCAGUGUGAGUAGCUUAAUCAAAGUAGGUCGGAUAGAGCCCGUGAUGGUGCUCCGGGUCGACAAGGAGAAAGGGUACAUCGACCUCAGUAAGCGGAGGGUCUCCGAAGAGGACAUCCAAGCCUGUGAGGAGAGGUACAACAAGAGCAAGCUUGUCCACUCCAUUAUGCGCCACGUGGCCGAGACAAUGGGUAGCGAUUUGGAGGAUCUGUAUAUACAUGUUGGCUGGCCUUUAUACAGGAAAUAUGGUCAUGCUUUUGAGGCAUUCAAAAUAGUCGUGACUGAUCCUGAUUCUGUUUUUAAUUCUCUUACCCGCGAAGUCAAAGAAAUUGGCCCUGAUGGACAGGAGGUGACCCAGGUGGCUCCUGCUAUCACGGAAGAUGUGAAAGAAUCUUUGGUAAGAAAUAUUAGGAGAAGAAUGACUCCACAACCUUUGAAGAUUCGGGCCGACAUUGAAAUGAAAUGCUUCCAGUUUGAUGGUGUUCUUCACAUCAAGGAUGCCAUGCGGAAAGCUGAAGCUGCUGGCAAUGAUGACUGUCCAGUGAAAAUUAAAUUGGUUGCUCCUCCACUUUAUGUUCUCACCACUCAGACUCUUGACAAGGAGCAAGGAAUAGCGGUUCUUAGCAAAGCAAUUACAGCUUGCACUGAAGCAAUAGAAGAGCAGAAGGGGAAACUCGUUGUGAAGGAGGCAGCCAGAGCAGUGAGUGAACGAGAUGAUAAACUACUUGCUGAGCACAUGGCUAAGCUACGUCAGGAUAAUGAAGAGAUUAGUGGUGAUGAGCAUAGUGAAGAAGAGGAAGACACGGGAAUGGGAGAAGUCGAUGUGGAAAAUGCAGGUGUUGUCAUUGCAGACUGAAGCAGCACAUAGAAUGACUAAUUUUUUUUUUUUUUCUGUUUUUAACGAGUUAUUUUGUGGUUGUAUACAACCAAGUGAUUGGGCAGUUUUCCAAGCACGGAACAUUAUACCUCACUAAUUCAGUGUAAACUUUUUGUGUUUGUGCGCGGGACA